AGUACUAAAAGUUUCCCUUAUAUGGACCCUGUUCCAAGUUCCAUGCUUCAUGUAGAUAUCAAAGAACUGAGUACCGUAGAUAUUGAUUGGAAAAUGUUGACUUUGGAUAGACCAGAAACUAUAUUGGAAAUUAACAUUUUUAGCAGAAUAGUGUAUCUUAAUAAACUGAUGUACGAGAGUAUAAUGAAAGAAAAAGAGAAGCGAGAUCGAUUACGCCUUGUUCGGUUACGGUCAAGUAGCCGAAUGAAAGUCUCGUUGGAAAGCGAUAGUGAUAAAUCAGACGAAUUCACAUAUGAAUAUUUCAGUCGUAGUUUUAGUGCAAAUGACAGAGGACAAGCAAUGGAAGAUGUGCCUAAGACGCCAGUGGAAAAACCUGAACCUCAGCCAAAACCUGACGAUUCAAACAAAGAAACAAUGCCACCAGAAGCUGAGAAAAAUAGUAGAAUAAUUGCUUCAAAAAGACGAAAAUUACCAUCAAAAAGGAAGAAGAAAAAGAAAAAGAAGAAGAAGAAACCAAAAUUACGAAAACAAAAAAUGGGAACAUCUUCUAAAGCAGCUAAAACUGAUGCAAGAAAUAAAAAUUCUAAAAAGAUUUCACCAGUUCCUAGUAAAACUUCUAACCAGAAGAAAGUCGCGCAGUUAAAAACGAAAGGUGUAAAUAAUUCAAAGAAAAGAAAGGGUAAGAAAUCAGAAUCAGGUAUAACGUUAGUGCAGAUGCUAAACAUGACUGAAACAGCAGAAAAAAAGCGCACAAGCAAAUAGCUUAAACACUUUUUAUUAAUUGCAGAAUAAAAAUAAUUAAUUAAACAAUUAUUAAAAUUAUCAUUAAAAAUUCUGUGCGCUAAUCCGAACUUAAUCCUAUCAUGAUGCAAGAUUACGCAUCUAAAAUGCUAAAAUUCUGCCAAAAAACUGAAGAAUUAACGAAGAUAAUUUUUGUUUACUUAAAAAAGUUUUGAGAAUUUCAAUAUGUGUUGUGACUUUUUUUUAUUUGAAUAAAUGUU